CAACGCAAUAUGAUCCUCACAAAUUGCGCCGCCUGCGCCGCCCCACUGGCCCACGACCACAAGAAAAGGUGUAGUAGGUGCAAGACCAGAUAUUGCAAUGAGGCCUGCCAGCGCCAGCACUGGGAAAGGGGCGGACAUGAGGCGCUUUGUCGACGGAUUAAGCGGGGCGGUGGCGCGGAACAAUACCACGCCGACAAAAAAUACAAGGAGGCAGUCGCUGAGGCCGUCGAGGCGUGCGCCGAGGACGUAUCCUCGACACGCUGACCAAUCUUGCGGGCACGUAUCAAGUUGUUGGGCGGGUUGAAGAGGCCAACCGCAUGCUACGAGAUGUAUACUCCGGGCGUUUGAAGCUCCAUGGCAAAGAAGAUAGAGAUUCCAUCAAAGCAGCCGGCAACUACGCGACGACGCUGGGCAACCUCAAGCGCUACGACGAAGUCAAAUCAUUGCUGCGCAAAACGAUACCCGUGGCGCGGCGCGUUCUCGGAGAGAAUGAUGAUCUUACGCUCACGAUGAAAGCGAUUUACACGUAUGCGCUCUACACAGACCCCAGCGCCACGCUCGAUGAUCUCCGCGAGUCCGUGACGACGCUUGAGGAGACGACACGGACCGCCCGGCGCGUGCUCGGGGGUGCGCACCCGCAACUGAGGGUGUAUGAGCGAUUCCUACGAAACGCGCGAGCCGCGCUCGCCGCCCGCGAGACGCCAUCAGCGAAUGCCUAA